AUGCCAUCACCUGCCGCGGCGAAGCCGCGCACGCAGAUUCCUGUCUCAGCGAUUGGGCAUGGCCAUAUAGGUCAAUCGCAGAUCCGCGAUCGCAGUGGGCGUAUUUCGGAAUACUCGUCGUCCGACGACAAAUGCCCCAUUUGCAAGACGGACAGGUACCUUUCACCACGCUUGCGCUUGAUGGUAAGCCCAUGCUACCAUAAGAUGUGUGAAUCCUGCAUCGACCGUUUGUUCUCGCUGGGCCCCGCUGCUUGCCCCGUGUGUGGUCAGAUCGUGCGUAAGCAGCAGUUCAGUGCGCAGAUCUUUGAGGAUCUCCGUGUGGAAGAGGAAGUGAAUGUCCGCAAACGUGUGGGCAAGCUUUUUAACCGUAAGCCGGAAGACUUUCCAGAUGCACGAGCGUACAAUGACUACCUGGAAGAGUUUGAGGAAAUUACAUUCAACCUCAUCAACAAGAUUGAUUUGGAGCAAACGCAGGCGCGAUUAGCGCAGUUCGAGGUGCUAAACAAGUCGAUGAUUGCCUCGCAGCAGCAACUGCGUGAUCAAGAGUCGCUUCGGCAGCAGCAUCUGGACGAUGCGGAGCGGCAGGAACGCAUGCUGCGUGCGCAAAAGGUGAAAGAAGAGCAAGAACGUGAGCGGCGAGAGCGUGAGGCCGAAGAAAAGGAGAUUGUCGCUGAGCUGGAAAAGGGCCGGAGUAUUGAGGAAGUGAUGGCGGAACGUGAGAAGCGCCGGGAAGAGCGUGCCAAAGCGUUAGCCCAGCGCGAGCGCGAAGAGCAGCAACGCCAAAAACUAUUCGAGGAACGACUCCACACUACAUCCACAUCGUCGCGCGCUGUCAAGAUGAGCCAAGACGAGAUCCUGUAUGCUCGCCAGGUCGCGUCGUCCGACUUUGAUGGGGCCUUUGCGCUGAUCGAUGACGGCGCCCAGUGGGCGCCCGCACGGCCGGCUCCUGCUUCGCUAGGCGGGCUUGGCCCUGGUGACGGCUAUAUGGACCCAUGGCUCAAAGCUGAGCAGGUAUCCAAAAGCGCUGUGGCCCAUAUGGCAGCGUGGCCUUAA